UUGUCACCGUGAGGUGACAUCCGUAAUAAGCCCCCCAAUCUCAAGCGACUGAAAUUCAAGUUUUAGCUUUACCAUGUACAAAGCUAGAACAAUUUAGCUUUCAUUAGAGUUUUUAAAUGACAAAUAUAUUGUUCCACUGUUAUUUAGGAUUUGAAUUCGUGAUUGAAAACGUUGUUUGUCUUUUUUUGCGUUUUUUAAUCAUUGUAAGAUUCGCCCUAAUCACGAAGUAGUCCGGAAUUAAUAAUAGACCAUUUUACGAGACGUUUCUGAACUCAAUUCAUGAAUGAAAUUUUGACAGAAAGCUCGGAACCGCUAAAAUAACGCACGUGAAAGCAGCAUCAAUAUCAGCAGUAUCCGUGACAUCUGUCAGUUCGUAAAAUGGUCUACACGCUCGUGAAAAGUAACACGGCGAAUGAAUUAGUUUUAAUUCAAUUUCAUGAGUUGCAUGGAAACGUCAAAAAAUGAAUACCGCAUUUGGUGAUUCUGUGUAAUUUUUACACUGAUUUUAGAUUAAUCUAGAAUAACUCUUUUUUGAAUUCACCACUAUAACUCAAUGUUGAGUACUAAGCAUUAAAAAACGACACCAUUAUUUGACACGAGUGAAAAGGCGGCACCAUGAUUCGACAUUUGUGCGCCAUUAUUUAGCCUUUGCGGCCGUGUUAUCUGUUCUUGUGGCUGUUUGAGUGAUUCCAAAAAAUAAAAAAAAUCGCUGGGAAGGUGGUCACAGACAUUUUAAAAAGCUUUAAGUUUUCAGGUUGUUCGUGUCAUCAGGAAAAUUGUGGGAGAGUAAAAUAUCAAGUGAUUAUGCAUCAGCUGCUGGGAGAACCACUCAUCGUUCAAACGGCGAAAAUCGGGAGACUACGGUGGGCCGGGCAUGUCGUUAGGAUGUCGGACGACAACCCGGUGAAAAUGGUUCUUGAUAACAACCCGACUGGAACAAGGCGACGGGGCGCGCAGCGAGCAAGGUGGCUCGAUCAAGUGGAAGACGACCUGCGGGGCCUCCGCAGACGACAUGGCUGGCGAGCUGCAGCCAUGGACCGAGUUGAAUGGAGACGACUUCUUCGAACAGCAAGGGACCCUUCGGCCUGGAGCUGACUGGUAAGGUAAGUUCGAUUCGAGUAAGGCCAAUAAUUGUUUACCUACCAUUCGACCAGUAAAAAUAAGUUAUUUUCUUUCGCGUGCGUCUGUUUUUUGAGCGAAAUGGAGGAAUUUUCUCCAAUAAAGGUGGAAGAGCUUACAAUAAUCGACACUGUGGGUACGGACAGAAAAACUACACUCGCCAGUAGCGAUCGGUACUCUGGUAAACCGACUGUAACGAAAGGCCUGAUAAAAGGUCCAGCUGAGUUGGAACAACAAUCUCUGCCUGAUUUCGGUAAUGAAGCUGGGACUACGGCAGUUUGUAGCAAAAUUGCAGCUCGCAGAAAAAAAGGGGUUUGCGAGUUUUGCAACAAGGAAUGUAGCACAAAACAAAGCUUGGAAAGACAUAGAAGACUUCACACUGGGGACCGUCCCUUUGCAUGCGAUAUCUGUGGCAAAUCAUACACCUCUACUAGCGCAUUGCAGUAUCAUGAGCUGACUCACACAGGAAACCGGAAUUUCGAGUGUAACAUUUGCAAGGGACGUUUUAUCCAAAAAACAAAUUUAUCGCACCACAUGGAUAUUCACCGCACAGAUUACCCGCAUAAGUGCCCGAUUUGCUAUAAAAGAUUUAAAAGUAGUUGUAAUCUCGAAGAACAUGUGCGCAGUCACAGCGAUAAGCGCCUUUUUAAAUGUGACAUAUGUGAUGCAUUCUUCAAGCGAGCUAGUAAGCUAGAAUUGCAUAUAAAGACCCACAGCAACACUGGUGAUAGUGAUCAUUCAGGAAAAAAGCACGUUUGUGAGUUCUGCAACAAGGAAUGUAGCACAAAACGCGGCUUGGAGAAUCAUAGAAGAACCCACACCGGGGAACGUCCCUUUUCAUGUGAUAUCUGUAACAAAACAUUCACCACCGCUUCAAAUCUGCUGUGCCAUAGAAGUAUUCAUGAAGAAAUCAAGAAUUUCCAGUGUAGCAUAUGUAAGCAACGAUUUAGACUGAAAUCACUUAUGUUGUCCCACAUGAAAGUACACCGCGAUGAUUGCCCACAUCAGUGUCUAGUUUGCGAUAAAAAAUUCGAAGCUGAUUUUCGUCUCGUAGACCAUAUGCGCAGUCACAGCGAUGAGCGAUGCUUUAAAUGCGACAUCUGUGGCACAUCAUUCAAGAGACCUAACGAAUUGAAGCGUCAUGUGAAGUAUACACACAUGGCCGAUCCCUUUUCGUGCAACUCGGACGGUUCGAAAAUGCGACCCUUCGCAUGUGCCAUCUGUAACAAAAAAUUGUUGUCCGCUCAUGGUCUGAGGUACCAUAUGAGUACUCAUACAGGAGUUCGAAAUUUUGAGUGCGACAUAUGCAAACGACGUUUUGUCUUUAAGGCAGAAAUAUCGGCCCACAUGACAAUACACCGCACAGAUUGCCCGCAUAAGUGCCCAAUUUGCGGUAAAAAAUUCCCUAAUAAGUUUAAUCUCGGAACCCACAUGUCCAGUCACAGCGACGAGCGACCUUUCAAAUGUGACAUCUGUGACAAAUCAUUUAAGAACGUUAGAAAUAAAAUGUAUCAUAUGCUGAAGAUUCACAAAAUCGAUACCUUCUCAAGGCUGUUUCUACAUCUGAGCUCCACCACGUUUUUGGUUAGUUGUAUGAGCAAAAUGGAGCAAUAUACUCAAAUAAAGACAGAAGAGCUAAUAAUAUGGGAUACUUUGCCUUCGGAGGAGGAAUCUUCACUCACAAGCAGCGAUCGGUGCUCCGGUAAAACGAUUGUAACAAACGUCCUCAGUGAAGUGUCAACUGACGUGAAACAAGAACUUGUUAUGGAUAGCUCCGAGGAAGUCGGGACUACCAUAACUUGUAACGGAAAUCCAGCUUCUAGCUCCAAUUUUUGGAACAACUCACAGAGUUUGGAGCUAGACCAAACUGAUAGCAGCCCUAGCAAACGCUCUUUCAUCAAAUCCGAACGGAAGUUUCAAUGUGGCAUAUGUGGCAAAGCAUAUUUCCAACUGUCAUCAUUCCAGCGGCACGUUGAAGCUCACAGCACAAGGCGGCACGAAUGUCAGAUUUGUGGCAAGGAACAUUCGUGCAGAGCAUUGCUUAAAAGGCACAUGACUCGUCAUUUUGAAGAACGACCUUUUGACUGUGAUAUUUGUGGUUUAUCAUAUAGGUCUGAUCAUGAUUUGAGAGGGCAUAAGAAAGUACACACCGCGGAGCGGUUGUACAAAUGCGAAACUUGCGGGAAGAACUUUAUAAAUUCUUCCAAGCUGAGGCGGCACAUGGUUUCCCACACUGAUGAACGUCCUUUCGAAUGCAACAUUUGCAGCCAAGCAUACAAGUUAAUUAAGAGUCUAAAACGUCAUGAGAAAAUGCACACUUCAGAGGGCAACCAUAAAUGUUCGAUUUGUGAGAAAAGAUUCGCUUCUCCUGCAUUACUCGUGAAACACCUAAUACGGUAUAAGCAAUUGUUGAAAUGUGAAAUCUGCAGUUCAGUUUUUAAAGUAGAAUACUUCUCUCAGGAAGUUCGGCUACAUAGGGAUGUGAAAUGAAAAUCUAAACCCGAAAAAAGUGAAAAAUAUGUCCAAUUUCAAAUGCUAAUAAAUCGGUUAGUAUUCGAUGGAUUUCCUUCGUUCUUGCAGCAAUAGAUUGGAAAAUCUUCUAAGAUUCUUCCCAAAAUAAGAUAAUUGUAAUUCUAUUAUUCACACUAUUGUACUAUUGAAAAUAGUCAAGCCUUGUCAAAACGAAAAAUUUGACCUAUGAUUGGUCGUUAUAUGCUUGCUUCCCAAGCACAGUCGACAGGAUCAUAUACCUUGCAAUUGAAAACAUGCUAUUUGGCCUAUAUAAGAGCCUGUUUCAGCCGGAGCCGCUCAUAAUAGUUCUAGACAGCGACAACAGCAGUCGUCCUUCCUUAGCAGCAGCACUAGCCCUGUGGUUGGUCACCACGUCUCAGGAGCAGCGCGGUUUUUCUCAGCGUGUGUCACCAGACUGCCAUUAUUCCCCCCGUGUUGGGGCAGCAUGAAGAUUGCCAUCAGGAAAUCCAAUUUUGAACAUCAAAAUGCUUUUUUGAAGGCAAAUAAACAAGUCAUUGAAAGUUAAUAAUUUUUGUCAACGCAAGCAAGCAUUUUGUGUUGCAUCCUAGCAAUUUAAAUUUGUCGCACCCGUCUAAUUUACUGAAUGUGAAAUAGCUUCCACAGUGCAUGUUGUCCGUGUAUCUUAAUUCCCCCAAUGUUAGGGCAUCUCAAAGGCUGUAAUUAGCAACCGAUUUUGAACCGCAAAAUGCUUUUUUCAAGGCAAAUAAAAAAAUAAUUGAAAGUUAAUAAUUUUCUGGCAUCAACCCAAGCAGACAUUCUGUGCGGGAUGCAAUCAAAUUCUGUUGUAGUUGUCUAAUUUUCACUUUAUUUAGUGAACCCCCCACUGUAGGGGUAGCGCAAAGGCUGCGAUCAGCAUAACCGACUUUGAAUAAUAAACUGCCCUGUUAGAACGCAUUCACAAAAACAGUUAGUUCGACUAUGCAGAGCUAAUAUGAAGUCGAUUCAAUCAAUCAGCAGUAACAGAAUUUCGUCGUCUCCCAGCUGCCAAGUUGCAACAUGAUGCAACACGCAACAGCGAGCAAAUUGUGGAAUAAUUCGUCUAAAGAACAUAAGGAAAUGGUAAACCUGAACUGAAAGGCGUGGCUUAUUACGUAGCUCCCUUCGGCUAUAAAAGAGUGUUUUUGGUAAAAUCAGCUACAUUAAUUAGUCGGAAGGUAAGCUGGCUGGACCGUCCACAACGUUGACAGCAGUAGCAGCAGAUGUCAGCACUCAGCAGUAACAGACAAUAGCAGCGGGUUGCGCCUGUGGCUGCCUUCAAAUUAAACAAAUCACUUGCCCUGUGGUUGGUCACCACGUCUCAGGCCUCUGCCAGGCUGAACGCCAACGCGAGCAUUCGGGCGAGAUUUUUGCCGUACAUCAACCGGCACUUCCUCUAAUGGAAAAGUUGGAUCAUUUUGUUCAGAAGAAUAUUACUGUCGGUAAUGUUACAGGGAUGCGAUUGCAUUAUAUCCGAUAUGGAAUUGAACAAUUGUUCUUUUGAGGACAAAUAAAACACUUAAUUUGAAGAGGUAUUAGCUUUGGGUACCAGUAGCAGUAUGGUAACAGCCUCAUCGGUAGGUGCAGCCGGUACUUCCCUAAGGUCGAUGUUAUAAGGAAGUAAAUGGAAGCGGCACGGCGAAACAGUUCAGGUGUGCUUAGACGCCCGUCAUUUUUCGUUGUUGAUAUUCCCCACAUGAAACGACGUGCUUUCGGUAGAUGUAUUUGCCAACACUCACUCCAGUAAAGCUGUGUCUAAUUUUCAAUGUGAAAACACCAUUCUAUUAUGUUGGCCGUGCGCAUCAGAUCUCUGCCAGGCUAAACGCGAAAAGCGGCACGAAUCGAUUCGCCCGACCGUAGGUUAAUGUACAGCCGUAAGUAGAGCUGUGUAAAAGUAUUCUACCUCAACCUUGCGGUCGUGGCUUUGCACACAACCCUCCUGUGAUUUUUUAAAACAAAUCGAUCUCUGAAUGUCCACAUGAAGAAUCAACAUACGGAGCGUCCGUUCGAGUGCUCGCUCUGCAACAAACGGUUUGCAGUCAGACAUAGUCUGAGGAGACAUAAUUUCAGUCACUUGAAAGAACGACUUUUCAAAUGCGAUGUUUGUGGAUCAACAUACAAGACGAAAAGGGCGUUAGGGCAGCACAAGAAAAGGCAAUUGCAUCUCGACCCAACAUUGACCAUAAACGAACAAUGUGACUGAUAGGAUUAGUUAAAUAGUUUUCUAGAGGUUUUGAUGGAAUAUUAAAAAACUUUAUUUAACACAUACAUAAGAUAUGUUUUAUGUAUGUGAUUCAACUGUUAGUUUUUGCAUCACAUUUGUUUUUAUCACCUUCCACAUCGAUACGUACAUAAACAGUA